GCGACGGCGACGGCGACGCCGACGCCGACAUCGACGCAAACGUCAACGCCGACGACGGGGACGCCUACGCGAACGGUAACGCCGACGUCAACUUCGACUAUGGCUCGAGUCCCUUCGAGCGAGGCGGCGGACGCCGAGGACGCCGUCUGUAUGGUCCUGCCCAGACUGGCCCAGACCGGCCAGUCGGACGUGAAACCGGCCGCGAUUGUCGUGAAGACGAGUCAGCCGUCGAGGGCAGAUGUCGCCAUGCUGGGGGUCGGUUGCCUUGUGGAGCCGCAAAGUACGUUGUCCUCUCAAGCCCUGUUUCAGUCACGAGCCGGCCUCGAACUCGGCCACUCUGGCGGGUCAACGACGCUGACCGAACGCCCGAGACGAGUCCUCUUCGCGACGCCCUACUCCAACUAUCCUCUCGUCGGCAUCUCGAAUGUAUUCGCCGAAAGCUCUGAAGGACUGGCCGACGACGUUGACGACGGUCACGCGGAAACUGACACAAGCACCGAUACAACAACGGACUCACUCAGGCCUGCACCAAACGCCACAGGUGAGGAUAGCAUUUAUGAUGUUGCCAUGGGGACAAGUGAACCAGCCUUGAUUAAUCUGCUCGGCUCGACGAUGAUACCGUUGUUGGAGGACGAUAAAUCGCAAUUUGCCGACGUCUCCUCUGCCCACGAGAAGACGAGCGCAACUCGUACCAUCUCCACAGCGACCGAUGAUGACUGUUACUUUUGUCAGAAACGCCGACGUAACGCACGCUCAAAGCGUUGUCAUGAUGCUCUGGCACAGACGCGAAAACUGACCACUCCACUGAUCUCGCAACAGUCGACGCCGGUGAGCCUACUUUCAGCUCCCGUCUCCCAGACGACCGGGGACCGAGUCUGGUGCAGGCCGACCUCGGGACGAUGCAAAGGCGUGACCAGUGGGCAAACUCGAAAGCCAACCGGCGACAAUUGUGGCCAUCUCAACGCGGCCAACAGGCGACGAGCCGGUCAACUUCAGAUACCGUCGACGCCCGAAGCAGUUGGGAUACCGAAAAAGGGGGAGAAGGAGGAGCAAGAGGAAAAGAAAGAUGAGGAGGAGGAGGAGGAGGAGGAGGAGGCUAGCGAGACCGUCUCGACCUCUUCUGCCGGCACCUCUGGACAGACUCGCCUCAACAAACCGGCUGAGGACGCACCUGACAAGGCAAACAAGCCUCAAAAAGGCCAGUAUCACUAUCGCCUGUCAACUAGCUCUUCGACGCCCCCCACCCGCAGAAACCUGGUCUCGAGGGCCCCAACUGCCGAGUCUACAAGGCGAACACCCGCCGUCGUUGUGGGCUGUCAAAAGUUGGGCGUCUGUAGCAGACUAGCUCCGACUCGAACGACGCCUCGAGCCUACGCUCUUAAGCCCAACACGGGCAUCAGCCGUGCCAGUGGCCGAUGCCACGAAAUCGGCAUUUCUCAGACCUCCAAACUGGCGCCCACCACCACCUCCCACCACUUUCCCACCAAAGAGUCGAGCAUGUGUGAAGACUCGACCAGAGACCACCGACCGUCAUGCUGCCAGGCCAGUCGGAGGGCUCAUCUGCCCUACUACCGACAUGAACGUGAUCGUGUCUGGCAGAUGAGUCGACGCGACAGGGAACAAGAUGAACCGACAUAUCAUCUCUUUCCACCGCUCGGCUCCACCAACUUCAAACCAAUCACAACAUUAUCAAACUCUACUCGGGGCUCGCUCACUUCACUGCCUUGGCUCUCGUCAUCAUCGCAUGCCCAGGCGAUAACACGUCUCAAUCCGCGUAAAGGAUGCUUCAGCAAUCCACCAUUGUUGUUGUCACGACAACGACGCCGACGUGUUAGGCCGAUUCGAAUACCGGCCCUGCCUUUGACGACUGACGCCAGUCUGGAGGUCGGUAGAUCUGAUCUUUUUAGCGAAUCCCUCAAAUCCGACCGUCAUCUGAUGUCCUCCCACUAUCCCCGACACAUGUCGCCCAGACAGGCUCCUCUCACCUCGCCUGUCGGCAAUGCCUCGUCCGAUUCAGCAUUGGCCGGUGACGAAUGGAGCAUCGCAACGCCAGAUCCCGAUUUGACGAGUCGCCUAAGGGCGCAGAGAAACAAUUCACGACCCAGAAGACAGAUCCAGGCCUUGGAUCUAUGA